UGGAAAAGGAAACAAGAUGAAGGGGAAUUUGUUCCCAAAAGUGCACGAGAUGAUGUCUUAUCUCGUGCACUUGGUAAGACUAAAGAAGGGAGACCACUAACAUUUGGUGGUGGAGUAGGCAUCAAAGCUGUGUGGGGGACCGGAGAGCGGCGUAGCUUUCGACGGUAUGGAGAUGCGGAGAUGGAGGAUAUGGAAGCAAGAGUGACCAAAAGAGUAAAAGAUGAGACAAUACAAGAGAUGAACUCCAAGAUGGAUGCCAUGGUUAUGGAGAAAUUUAUCACAUUUGCUAAAGAACUUGGUGUCCAAAUACCAAGCCAGAUGAGGAUAGACGCAAAUGUUCAUAGUAGUUGUCGUUCCGGGGGUUUAGAUCCAUUUGCCGACAUUACGGAACCUGUCCCGUGCCAUCUAUACCUGAACAUAGGCUCGGAGAAAGUCUUUGUUGCCUAUGGUACCAUAUGUCCAGAGUUGCUCCUUGAUCACCACAACGACGUCACGUCCGAUAACGUGAAAGUGAGCGUUGAUGAUUUUGAGCCCGCGUACAAAGAAGCUCCCGUCCCCGUGCCUUCUCAAUAUAUUAAGAAACUUGCUCAAGCUCAUGGUACCUUCACUCAGUGGCCAAAGCAUUUGGUGUCGCUUACGAAUGAGGAGGUAAACAAGCCUACAAGUAAAGAGCCUAAAGGGAAAGGGAACAAAGGGAAAGAGAUAGUGCUUGGGGGAAGUGGAACAAAAGCGUCCAACACUAAAUCAAAAACCUAUUUCCUUGAAAAUUAUAAAGUGCAAAAUUUGAGUGGUAAGCGCAAUGUGAUGAAAACUAUGAUGUUGGGAUUAAAAGAAGGGUAGCACGUUAAGGCACAUUGCACAAAAAGGACAUUCAAUGUGGAAAAGGACUUUGAAAUUAGUGUCAACGUUGAAGACACCGAUCAACUUCUCUCGGGAGCAUGGCUCAAUAUAUCAA